GUGGCACGUGCUGAAUAGCCACUUAAAACAGGCCGUCAAGCAAACCUUCUGUGAGUAAUAAAAAAUAAUAAAAAUUCAGAAAAGUGAAAAAAAGGAAUUUUCAACGGCAGAGAAUUUCAGACUUGUUGAACAAUGGAGCAACGAUUAUUUGUUGAAGCGAGAAAAGUGAUAUUUUUUUUUUUUUAACAGCUGUAACUUUUCUGCUGCAGAAGAAACUAUGGUUUAAAGAUAGUAAAAACUGGAGGUUUUGAUUUGGCUUAGAUAAAGAACUGGAGAUUGAAUUUCGAGGAUUUUUUUCCAAUUGUCGAAAGAGGUUUUUACGGCGUUGUUUGCAUCAAUGACCAAAUCUUUAGCGAAAUCUCUACAGUUCCUGUACGAUACAUAUAGACUUGCCUUUACGCAGUAAUACGCUGCCUCAAUGACAAUGAAGAAUAUAGUUGUUUAGAGUUUCAGUUCAUGAUGUGGCCUUUUUGUUUCUUUUAAAGGAGCAGCACCAAAGAUGCCUGAAAAUGUAAUAGACUUUAUAAAGAGUGUUUUUAAAUGUUUGCAGGCGUAAGUGCAAAAUUAUGACGCUUGACGACUUCUUCAGCUUGUCAGAGAAAAAUAGUGGGCUUACAGCCCCUGUUCGAGUCAGGGAACUUGUGGCUGUCAUCAAGAAAGAGGGGUAUUCUAUUACGAAGAGCGUUAGUGAUGCAACAAGGCAGUGGUCUGCAGUUGCAAGAACUAUAGCUGCCACUGAGAACAAGGAGUGUCUCGAUCUUUUUAUUCAGUUAGACGGACUCCAUUUUAUUAGUAAGUGGCUGAAGGAUGUUCGAAACUUGAGUGAUGGCACGAGUGUUGGCUUCGUGGAAGAAAUUACUCAUUUACUGCUAGCACUUGAAAAGCUGCAUACGGAAGGUCAGAAAUCAGUUUCUUCUGAGAUUUGGAGUAUUGUUAAGGAUCUCCUUGGCCACAAUAGUUCCAAGUUACAAAAUACAGCUCAAGCUCUGUUAGAUAGGUGGGGAAAAGAUCGAGACGGUGAUACAUCUUCCCUGGAUGUUGAUAGAGUUGGAACAUUAAAUGAUGAUGGUGUGGGAAUAAAUGCACGUGUUAAGAGAAAUAUUUGGUCGCCAGAAUAUUCUUCUGGAUAUGUUCUUCCCCGAGAGAGUUCUGAUGAAGAAAAAUGCCUAAAAUCAACUGUAGAGUGCUCAUCCUCUGGUUUUGAUGCAUUUCAAUCUGACAAGCUUGAAAAUGCACAUACUUCUGAGAUAAAUUUGGACGCUGCUGUUAUGGAUGAUAGACCUUUAAAACACAUUUUUUCGCCGUCCUUCUCAAAGCCUGAAAACAAAAAUCUGUGCCAUAAAGUGGAGCCUCCUGUUUGUGGUUCAACAGGUACUAGUUCAGUUGAAUCAUGUACUCCAGCUGUUCCAACACAGGGUGCUUUUGACAGGCAGACUGAUCUUCACAAGUUACAGUUGACUAGUGAUGUAAAGCAGACCCCACAUAUUGGAUUUUCUCCCGAGAAAUCAGUCUCUAUCGAAAACCUUGACCUAAUAGGAGACCGACCUUAUCCUUCAAAUUCUGAUGCUGCAGAUGCAUUGAAUUCUGUGACACAACCUAAUUUACUAAAAAUUUCCAAUGAUGCAGACAAAGAUUCCUGCCAGAAAGACUCAGCUUCUGCUGAUGUGAGGACGAUUGACACUGAGGGAAAAGGUGAUAUAGAUGAUGUCAGAUGUUCUAAUCAAUGCAGAAGCUCUAGUGCAUCCAAAACUAAAGAAGGUGGUGAAUUUAACACGCAUGUAUCCUGCCAAAUUAUAGAUCCACUAGAAGUUGCUUGUAAGAUAUAUGUGGAAAGAGAAGCUAAAGAUUUUGCAGAACGAAGUUCCAGUUAUUCUGAAAAAGUUUCAGACGGUAAAACGCAGGAGCCGGAUAUAUCAGCCUCUCUAAGUGGAAAACAAUGCAAUGGAGAGGGCUCGCCUAAGGAGGUGGCAAUCGAUCGUGAUCUGUCUGCAGGAAUUUCACCACUUGCAAAAGAGUCUGCAACUAGCACCAAGAACCAAGAUGCUGAUCAGAUGAAUAGCGAACAAGAUAUGCAAAUCUUUCAAGUCACUGAGGCUGUUCAAGAAGCUGCCAGUACUGAGAAAAGCCCUUGUAACUUUGAUCUGAAUGAAGCUUAUUCAGACGAUACAAAUUGUUCUGGGAAUGUUAUUUCUAUCCCCAUCUCCAUUGUUUCUGCUUCAAGGGCUGCUUCUGCUCCUGGAUUUCCUGUUUCUCCAUUUCAGUUUGAGGGAAAUCUUGGAUGGAAAGGUUCCUCUGCAACAAGUGCUUUCCGAACAGCAUCACCUCGCCAAAUACCUGAAGGUGGCCAGGAUCUUUCCUCUGGGGGAAGCAGUUGCAGUUCAAAGCAGCGGCAUGGAUGUCUUGAUAUUGACCUGAAUCUAGCUGGAAACGGUGACGACAGAACUGAAGAUCCUCUACCAGACAAACUAGUCCCAGUAUCUUCUGGUCCAUUUGGGAAAUUUUCAGUGGAAGCAAAUUCAAGAUUAGAGCAUCUUGAGUUGGAUCUUAAUCAUUCAAGUGAAGCUGGUGAUGUUCAAUCAGAUUUGCUGACUGUGCGACAGCUCUUUCCCGUGAGAAAUGACCAUCAAUACCAGUCCCAUUCUUCCGCUUCAUCAUCGAAAUGGCCAGUGUUAACGAAUAUUGAUCUGAAUGGCGACCCUUCUUUUUUCAAUUCUUCGGAUAAUAUCCAUUUAAGAAAGAUAUCUCAGAACUUAAAUGCUGCUGGAGGUAUAAAGUUGGAUGACUCUGCAAUAUCUAUUAUGGGUUCAAGAGUGGAGAUCAAGCAUAAAGAUUUCGUUCCUCAGUUUCUGCAUGCGACUCCAGAACUUUCAUUUGACAUUAAUUUGGGGAUGGUAUCUGCACUUCCAUAUGCUCAUUCUACCAGUUACAAUGGGCUUGCACCUGCUAUGACUUUAUCCUCCAUGAUGUAUGGACCUGGUGGUCCCAUUCCAUACAUGAUGGAAUCCAGAGGAGCACCAGUAGUCUCUCAGAUUGUGGGCGGUGCUUCAUCUCUACCACCUUCCUUAUCUCAAUCAUCAUUUAUGAUUAGCAUGACAGGGUCAACUGCUUCAAACGGGGUUGUGCCUCCCAGGACUUGUUUGGAUCUCAACUCCAGGUCGAUGAUGGAGGGGCGAAAUAGGGACACUACAGGCUUCGGGCAGUUCUUGAAUAUGGGUCAGGCCAGGUCAAUGGACGAGCAGCCGAGGUCAGGUUCCCAACUCUGUAUCAGUUCAGUUGGUGAGAAGCGCAAAGAACCAGAUAGUGGCUGGGAACAUUAUCCUUUUAAACAUUAUACACCGCCACAGAUAUAGGUGAGUUUAUCUCGGAUUUCUUUCAUGUGACUAGAAUAAGAUCUAUCAGAAAAGGCUAAUAAUUUACAAUAAUAGAGAACCAAGAAAAAAAGUCAAACUAACAUGGUGGAACUAAAUAAUGAUGGUGAACGUGGAUUUAUUUUUAAUCUUGUGGCUAAUUAACCGAAGGAGAAAAGAAUCUUAUUUUAAUGUCUUUAGUUCUUGGUAUCCUUAUCAUUUCUUAGUAUUUCUCCGCCCAACAUAGGAUACUUGUUACUUGCAGCAGUAAUCUAUAUAUAUAUCAAUGAAAUUAGAGAAAGAAUAUUGUAUAUAUUAUAUGCAUAUUUGGCAUCAUUGAGGCACGGUACUAGACAGGAAUGAACAAAAGUUGACACCAUUCACUACUGUACAUCAAUUUUUAUCAUAAUUCAUACAAGCCUAUUUGGCACUUCUAUUGUG